AUCGUAUGUGAGCUCAGACGGCCCUGUCAACCUUGCGGGAUGCCACCAAUCACCGUCCGCCUGGUGGCAUGCAUCCUGCCCGCGUAUACACCCGGGUCGACGCCCUUUGCGGAUGACGGCGUUCGUGAUAUCAUCUCACGCCCGCCUCACCUCUCACCCUCGGUCAAAUGACCGGCAACAGCGCAAGCCUGGUCCGGCGAGACAUCGUUGACGGCUGUCCCACAGUCCAAGCCGGACUGAGACUUGACGCAGGGCUUGGGGAUAUUUGUUUCCCUGGCGCGGUUUCUCUCUUCGAAAGUCUCCGAAGAUGCAGUCUGAACUGUUCCCCCAUCCGCGAGUCUUCUCACCAUAUUGGCAUUCUCGAUUCAGAGAGGCGUAAGGUGCCCCGAGCGCACCCGCUGCAGACCUCCCGUCAUCCACCACACCCGCUCGCGCUGGGCGCUUCCUCCUUGCACCAUCCUCGACAGGGACCUUUUCUCAAUUCGGCAGAAGAAGAAAAGAGAGGCCUGACAUGGUGUUGUUCUCUGAUGGGACGGUACUCUCUUGGACGCUGCGGGCCUCUGCUUGACAUCCAAUCACAGUUGCUGAUCAUGGUUUGAAGGUAAUUCACUGCCCGGGUAGCCACAUGCCGCCGUUUGCUUCACGAACUCACUCAAAGCCAGAGCUCUGCGGGUUGACUCACUGUCUCUCGAGCGAACUAGAUAAGGGACACCGUUUUUCUGGGUUCUCGACGUUGUCUUGAAGCACACAGUUCCCGUAAGAAACUCCGACAACGACUAAGUAGCAGAGGAAGCAAUGGCGAGAGAAAACGUAACCCGAACACCGAGGAGGUGGUCCAUUCUGGAGGACUACAUUCAUCAGCUCACUCCUUAUGACAAGUUCGUCUCCAGUAUCGGCAAGAAUGGGCGACCUGCGAAAUUCGAGACCGUGGACAUGGCCGACCUCACAACCAUCGGCUCGCUACCGGGAAAGACGGGCGCGAGGGUCGUCACGAGAAGGUCCUCCGGUAUAUGCCCGACGUCGAGAUUCGUCUUCAAAGGCAUCGACUUCGAGAGUUACAAGAGAGACGGCAGAGACUUCAGAGAACAUCAAGAGAAGACGCUCCUCCACGAGAUCCGCACCCUGCACGCCCUCCCGCCCCACCCGAACAUCAUGCCCUGUCCCAGGAUUCUCGUCGUCGUGCAGGACUGCGACAACAAGCACCGCAUAUGCGGCUUCCUGCAGCCCGCCAUGGAGAAGGACUCGCUCGAUGAGCAGAUCAUGCGCGCGAACAGGGCGGGCCGGCGCCUCCCGGCCAAGCUCAAGGCCAAGUGGUGCUACCAGAUGGCCCUGGCGAUCCAGCACACACACCAGGUCGCCGAGAGCUUCCACAUGGACCUCAAGCCUGGCAACAUCCUUGUCGAUGACGAUAACAACCUGCGCCUCAUCGACUGGGAGCAGAGCGGCUUCUCCAUGUUCACACACCCGCCCGAGAUCACCGUCGAUCAAGAGGCCGAGGAGGAGUCGCGCCCCGGCACCGCUGUCGACGGCAGCGGCGGCGGCGGCGGCGGCGGCAGGCCGAGGAUCAUCUACACGCCCCACGUGGGCGGGCCGCGCAGGAACCAGAAGUGGGGGUUCCCGGACUGGAAUGUCCUCCCGGAGUGGAAGACGACGUGCCCGCGGGCUGCGGAGCUGGCCGAGGUCUUCAGCCUCGGCAGGACGAUGUGGAUGCUGCUUGAGCAGGUCGAGCAGUCCGCCGAUCGGGCCCGGUGGACAUCGGCGGCGAGGGACGUGCCGGAGGAGUGGAAGGACAUGGUGAUGCGGUACAUUGAGAGGGACCCGAACAACAGACCCGAGUUAGACGAGGUCGUGGCGUUUUGGCGGAGACAAGUUUAG